AUGUCUCCUGUGUAUGUGGUUGGCAUGCUGGGAUUUUUGAUGAAGGUAGCCAUGCCUAUGUGUGCCCCCACUGAGUACACCAUUUACAUCGAGAGACAGGAGUGCAAUUACUGUGUGGCUGUCAACACCACCAUCUGCAUGGGCUUCUGUUUCUCCAGGGACAGUAAUGUGAAGGAUUUGGUGGGUCCUCGUUUCCUGGUUCAGAGGGGCUGCACGUAUCAAGAAGUAGAAUACCGGAUGGCCAUCUUGCCCGGCUGCCCUUCACAUGCAGAUCCUCACUUCACCUAUCCGGUGGCCCUUAGUUGCCACUGCAGCACCUGUAACACCCACAGUGAUGAAUGUGCCCACAAAACCAGCAACGCUGGCUUGAAAUGCUCCAAACCUGUCCGUCAUUUGUACCCUGAGAACAACUACAUCCAGGCAUAUUGCACUGUAAAACCAGAUAAGUUAAUAUAA